AUGGAUGACCAUGAGCCCUUGAAUGACAUGACUGAACGCCCUCUGAAGCGACCGCGACUCACCUUUACCCCCGACUCACCGGAAGACACAGAAGUAGUGUCGGAGGAGUGGGAUCUACAAGCAGCGCGUGCUCAGAAUGACUUGCGCCUGAAAUCGAUCUUUGAGGGAAUUUUUGCAAAAUACGGCAAUGAUUUCUCGGAAGUGGGCGAUGAGAUUGACCUGGAAACCGGCGAGAUCGUAGUCAAUAAUGGUCACUUACAGGCCAUGCAUGAGGAAACCGAUAUUGGAAACAAAGAAAAGCCCUGGGAAACAGACCCCUUCGGCUCAGACGACGAGGAGGCGCACGCCCAAGAUGAGGAUGCGGUCGAGACUCACGAUGCUGCUUCGGAGCACAGUCCCCAGAACGAGUUAUUGGGCUCUGGCACAGCCGGAAAUGAUGCAAGUGCUUUCCUUUGUCACUCCGCGUUGGCGUCCUCUGGCCCCGGGUCUGGAAUCCCAGCAUCCAGUCCGUCGGUGUCGAAAGAAAAGCCUUCACCAGCACUGCACCAUAUCGAGAAGGACCCCGGCCCAAGAGACCCUCUCUGGCAAGCCCCUGAACUGCCACCGCUAUUCACGACGCCCAAACUUGAGGAGCGACGCGCCAACCUAACCCCUCAGCUCCCAAACAUUUCCCGACAACCCUCUCCACCAGGGUCCGGAUCGCUAUGGACAGUUCCGCGAAGACGUCAACCACGAUCGCGUCAGGAUGGGAAAGCCCUAGCGACACCAACCCCGAGCAAAAGCCGAUCUCGGGCGAAGCGCAAGCAUCAGUCAAGCCCCGUGGCGCGCGACUGGUCUUUUGCCAAAGUUGCCGACGGCGACGAAUCGGACGACCCGCUGCAAGAGGAGUGGCCAUCAUCGCCUCUGCCAUUCCCACGCCAGGUCAAAACUACGAACAAGCGAGAUUUUGAUUGUCAAAUUAAGCCCGUCGACGAAAACCGAAACAUAGAGUCAUUAAUUACAAGUCGGAUUGAUGCCAGUCGCCAUUUAUCUGCCCAAGCCGAUCUGUCUGUGCACGACCAACCGGGUACAGAGCCUGAACGACAUGAUCAGGGCAACCACUCGGAACAAAGCCCAAUAACGAGCGAUGUGGCAGUCCAAUAUCACAAUUUACCAUAUGAUUCACCUUCACCGGUAUCGCCUCACUCCCGAACUACCGCCCACUCGCCAUUAAAAUACUCGCCGAUCAAGCCUCAUACCAAAUUCUCGCCCGACGACGUCAAGUUGAUAGUCUGCAUGCGAUAUGCACAAGGAAGAACUUGGAAAGAGGUCCAGAAUGCCCUACCAGGUCGCACACUGACGCAGAUCUAUCAGUGGAAUCAGGUUCACUGGAGCGAUCGCCGGGCGUGCCCGCCCGAACUUUCAGCGCCAUGGUCGCAGGCUGAGCUGAAAACCCUGGAAUCACUAGCAGGUCGAUCGGGGCUCUCUUGGCUUCAGAUUAUGACCGAGCUAUCGGAGCGCUCCCAGGCAGAGGUCGAGUUUGAGUUACUCCGCAGUUGGGUUGGAGAUGAUGUUUGGGCGGGCGAGCAACGUGCUACGGUGGCCAUGACCGCUCCCAAUACUGCUACUUUCGAAUCUGUGCAAUAUGAGACGGAGAGUAAGGUAAUUAUUUUUGAUCCAGACGAUGACGAGCCUGGUCACGACGAGGAAAAACAGUCCGAGACUUCCGCCACUGCCGUCGAGGAGUCCAAGGUUGAUGGACCCACCCUUGUUGAAGAGUAUGAUGUUGAACUACCUUCCCCACGCUCGCACGGCCAUCGUGAGUUUGAAGAUCUAGUGGAUAGUGAUGAUGACCACGAUGUGAAUAACCAUGACGAGGUCAUGCUCGUCAGCGGAGCAUCUUCACCGUCUAAGCUGUCCGCAAUUCUUCUGGAAAGCCCGUUACCGAGUCGUUACGUCUCGGUGACUCCCAAGAAGUCUCCAUUGAGACACCACAGCCUGGUAUGA